CUCCUGUCUGAGAAGAAAACCAUCUCAGUGGAGAACUGUUUGACCCAGGCCUUCUUUGUGCUUGCCUCUGGGGGAACAGAGCUCUGCCUCCUUGCAGUAAUGGCUUAUGACCGCUAUGCUGCCAUUUGCUACCCUCUACUCUAUGGUCAGAUGAUGAGCAAUGAGCUAUGUGUGGGACUGGUAUGGGGAUCUUGGGGUCUGGCCUUUUUGGAUGCUUUCAUCAAUACCCUCCUAGCUUGGAAUUUGGACUUCUGUGAGACUCGAGUCAUCUCCAACUUCAUUUGUGAGAUUCCAUCUCUGUUCCCUCUAUCCUGUUCCAAUAGCUCUGUUAACUUUGCAGUCCUAUUCUGCUCUACCCUCCUGCAUGCCUUUGGGACCUUCCUUCUGGUCUUCUUCUCUUACACACGUAUUGUCUCCACCAUCCUGAGCAUCAGCUCCACCUCAGGCAGAGGCAAGGCCUUUUCCACCUGCUCCUCCCACCUCACCACGGUAAGCUUAUUUUAUGGCUCAGGUUUUCUUCGCUAUCUCAUGCCAACCUCAGGUUCCCCAUGGGAGUUGUUUAUUUCCAUGCAGUACAGUGUGGUCACUCCCCUAGUGAAUCCCCUUGUCUACAGCCUAAAGAACAAGGAAGUAAAAACAGCUCUGAAAAACAUGUUGCAGAAAAGUUUACAACAUCUCAGGUAG